AUGUCUUUGACUGAUGAUCAAGUGAAUACUGAGCUCCGUAAGAUGAAGGCCUUCAUCGAGAAGGAAGCACAAGAAAAGGCCAAAGAAAUCAGAUUGAAGGCAGACGAAGAAUAUGAGAUCGAAAAAGCAUCAAUAGUUAGAUCUGAAACUGCUGCUAUUGACUCUACUUACGAGCAAAAAUUAAAAAAAGCAUCGUUAGCCCAGCAAAUUACCAAGUCAACCAUUGGUAAUAAAACUAGAUUGAGGAUUUUGUCUAAAAAGGAAGAAGUAUUAAAGAAUAUAUUCGAAGCCUCCGAAAAGGAAUUGAGCAAGACUACGUCCAAAAAAUCUGCCUAUAAGCCAGUUUUGACUAACUUGAUCGAAGAAGGCGUGUUAGCUUUGUUAGAGAAGAAGGUUACUAUUAAAGUCAGAGAAGCAGAUGUUGCUUUGGCAAAAGAAGCGGCACCAGAUGCAGCUAAGGAAUAUGAAGCAAAGUCUAAGACCCCGGUUGAAAUUGUUGUUGACGAAGAGAAUUUCUUGAGUAAAGAUUCCCUCGGUGGUGUCAUUGUCACCAACGAAAGUGGAAAAAUUGAAGUUAAUAACACUUUAGAAGAAAGAUUGAAGUUAUUAUCUGAAGAAGCAUUACCAGGUAUCAGAUUAGAAUUAUUUGGUAUUUCUGAAACCAGAAAGUUCUUUGACUAA